AUGCGUGAAGUGACCGACGAGGCCCUCCAGCGCUUAUAUUGGGCUUGUCGGAGUCGUUCUGGAUUUCCUGGAAAUCCUCUCGAUGAAUCCAAUGGUCCUCCAUCGACUACUGCAAUUAUAGAUGCCUUGGGAUUGAUGAGACCUUCACUGGAAGACCCAGGAGGUGUAGAGAACGGACGCACGGGCGUCAAUUCUCAUGGCAACUCUUCAGUUCGACCACCACAGGAUGCAACGAGUCCUGCCUCCGCAACAUCGCCCACUCAAGACGAAUAUCUCCCCUCGCCCACCCAAUCCUCGUUCAGCAUGGCUUCCAUGCGUAGUCCGGAGUCCGGAGCGAUCAUCACGGCUACCACCACCACCAACAACAGAAUAUCGACAAUACCCGCAACGCCUCCGGAGAUGGACAUGUCUGAGCAAUUUCUCUACGCCGCUUCAGAACACUUGUCUUCCCGCAGCAAUUCCACCUCGGGGGCCCCGAUCAUGACACACAUGGAGAACUCGUCCAGUAUGAACUUUGAUCUAGACGCCUACCUGGACACGAGCGCGUGCACUAUCCCACCCAACCUUCCGCAACUCAUCCACAAUAUGCACGAUCCAGGCCAGUAUGACAUGUUAGCGAUGAUGGAGAGACCUACAGGUGUUUAUCCCAGACACAGGUCUUCCUUACCGGCCCUCCCGCUUAUCGAUCGCUAUCUCUCGCCUUGGCCGGGGUCUUUGGCAGAGACGUAUAAUACGAACACGGGUGGUCGGAAUGUAUCGAUGGCGAUAUGA